AAGAUAUAUAAGAAUGCUAUGAACAAUCCUAACUCAUUGUGUUCAUCAUGCGUACAUUGAUAUUUUUGUGCAUCGUGGCCCUGGCCGCAGCUCGGCCAGAUAAAAGGCCAGAGGUUGACUCGCGCGCCGUCGUUGAAUCAAUUCAGGAGUUUCUUCCAGCCGUGACCAAGAACAUCCAGGGGCGUGACCGAGCUGCGGGUGUGAACUACAUUACCUCUGCCGUCGUCGACCUCGUCGCUAGGAACGCCCCUGAAGAACAGCGUGAACAGGUGCAGAACGCUGGAGAUCUCACCGCCAGCAUCCUCUACUCAGUCAACGAGCUCAUCAAGUCCGCGAAGAUACCCGAUAUUCCAACCGUUAAAAUACCUAAAAUCAAUAUCCCUGAGAUCAGUAUUCCAGAAAUUCCAGAAAUCAAAAUUCCCGAAAUUCCUGAGUUUAAAUUUGAUGGAUCAUUCGAUGGCAAUAUCGAGAUUCCCGCUAUUGAGGUGCCGGCUAUCGAAAUUCCUGAGAUUCCCGACGUGAAAAUCCCCAAAGUUCAAAUACCCGAGAUCGAUGUUUCAGAUUUCAGUUAAUUGAUUAAAGAGCUGAACGGUUAAAAGCGCAUCUAUUUAUUUAUAACAGAGGAACAUUUUGAUGCCAGCACCCAUGGCACUGUAAUGCAAGUAAUGACAAGUAUACACAAGACUAACAUUUCUUCCUGACAUCACGUAGUGGGGGUACAUGCCCUGUUAUUUAAUAGAACAGUAAAUACUAUCAUGCCACUCCA